CGAUUUUGUGAGUGUUUUACUGACCUCACACGUACGAUGCAAAAAUCUAAUUACAUAAUUCUAGAAUAAUCGAAUUGAGGAGCUUAUAAAGUAGUUGUGGACAGAACUGUAAGGAAAGGAUCGUAGUAUUAAUAUCAAUAUUGGCCAUAGUGUUAAAACACAUAAUACAUGUAUGGGUUCGCUAGAAGUUAAUUGCAAGAACGUUCCUUCUGUCCAGGAAAUGGCGAAGAAGAAACUUGUGACGAUUCCGCCGCGAUAUGUCCGUGACGAUCAGGACCAUUCAGUUGCAUCAUCAAAUAAAGAAGUUCCAGUCAUUGAUAUGCAACGAUUGAUCAACUAUAAUGAUCAUGAUGACUCCAUGAAUAUCGAGCUUCAGAAGUUGCACUUUGCUGCUCAAGAGUGGGGUUUCUUUCAGUUGAUUAAUCAUGGAGUUAGUUGUUCAGUGGUGGAGAGGAUGAAACAUGAGAUUAAAGAAUUCUUUAAUCUGCCAUUAGAAGAGAAGAACAAGUUUGAACAACUGCCAGGGGAUACUGAUGGAUUCGGACAGCUCUUCGUUGUUUCGGAUGAACAAAAGCUCGAUUGGGCUGACCUCUUUUACUUGAAGACUGCACCUCCUCAUUUGCGAAUGCCUGUGUUUUCCAAGUUAUCCGUUUCACUUAGGGAGACAAUUGAAGAGUACUCGGAAGAAAUAAAGGAGCUAACCAUGAAAGUUCUAAAAUUGUUGGGUAAAACUUUGGGGAUCGAAGAAGAAGUGGUAAAGAGUUUUUUUGAAGAAGGGAAGCAAUCAAUGAGGAUGAAUUACUAUCCACCAUGUCCCCAACCAGAUAAAGUGAUGGGCAUUUCCCCUCACUCUGAUGCCUCUGCUUUAACAAUUCUUCUUCAAGUCAAUGAAACUGAAGGUCUUCAAAUUAAAAAAGAUGGAAUUUGGAUUCCCAUCGUACCCCUUCCUAGUGCCUUCAUCGUCAAUAUUGGAGAUGCUUUUGAGAUUUUCUCAAAUGGAAGAUACAGGAGCAUAGAGCAUAGAUCAGUGGUGAGCUCAGAAAAAGAAAGGAUUUCAGUAGCAACAUUUCAUGGUCCAAGAUUGAAUGGUGAAUUAGGUCCAGCAAAUAGCCUUGUUACUGCUCAUGGUCAACCAGCAUUCAAGAAAAUCGGAGUCAAUGAAUUUUAUACAAGAUUUUUCAAUCGUGAACUUGUUGGAAAAACAUAUGUGGACACCAUGAGAAUCACACACUGAAGAUGAUCGAUCUGAAGAAUGUCGUACUGUAACGUUUUGAUGAAUAUAAUGUUUAGAUUUUAUUGUUUUCCGUUGUUACAUAAUGUCACACAUCAACAAUUAACAAUUUUAAUGAUAAAUCUUCUAUUGAUGUUUA